AUGAGGAGGAAGAGGGCGGCGGCAUCCCUUUCCGCCGCGAGGUCGUCGCCGGAGGCCAGCGCAAUGCGGUGCCUCCGCCUCCGCCUCCCCUUUCUCCUCCUCCUCCCCGUGACCGUCACCAUCCUCAUCCUCCUCUCCCGGCGCGUGUCCCCGCCGCAGUCGCUCCCCUGCGGCGCCGCGCCCUCCGACUCCACCGCCGGCCGCUGGGUGCCCACCCCGCGCCCCGCGCCGCCGCCGCUCUACGCCGCGUCCUGCCCGUUCCACCGCAACUCCUACAACUGCCUCCGCAACGGCCGGCCGCCGCUCGUGGCGCUGUCCUGGGCGCCCGCGCGCUGCGGCGGCGCCGUCGUCCCGAGGAUCGACGCCGCGGGCUUCCUCGCCGCGGCCAGGGGGCGCCGGGUCGGGCUCGUGGGGGACUCGCUAUCCGAGAACCUCGCCGUCGCGCUGCUCUGCGCGCUCCGCUCCGCCGACCCCGGCGCGCGCAAGUGGAAGCGGCGGGGCGCGUGGCGCGGCGGCUACUUCCCCAGGGAGGACGUCACCGUCGCGUUCCACCGCGCCGUGCUACUCGCCAAGUACACGUGGCAGCCUGUGGAGAAUCCGGAAGAAGUUCAGAAGGAUGGAAUAAAAGGCAUCUACAGAGUGGACGUCGACAUUCCUGCUGAUGAGUGGAUAAACGUCACCAAGUUCUAUGACGUGCUAAUUGUCAACACUGGACACUGGUGGGGCACAUACAAAUUCCCAAAAGAGACCCCCCUUGUUUUCUACAGAGGAGGAGAGCCGAUCGAGCCUCCGCUCAGCAUUCCCGACGGUCUGAAGGUGGUGAUCAGGAGCAUGGCCUCCUACAUCGACAGGGAGAUGCCGAGCAAAACCCUGAAGCUGUGGCGCACGCAGUCGCCCAGGCACUUCUACGGGGGCGAGUGGGAUCGCAACGGCAGCUGCGUCACCGACAGGCUCCUCGAAGAAGACGAGCUGGAGUCCUGGUUCGAUCCGCGGUUCGGGGGAGUGAACAAGGACGCGAGGACGGUGAACCUGGCGAUCCAGGAAGCCCUGGCCGGAUCGGGCUUCCGGCUGGUGAACCUGACUUACAUGAGCGAGUUCAGAGCCGACGCCCAUCCGGCGACAUGGCUGGGGAAGAAGGACGCCGUGGCCGUGUACGGGCAGGACUGCAUGCACUGGUGCGUGCCCGGCGUGCCGGACACCUGGGUCGACAUCCUGGCCGCACAGAUCUUGCAUUACUUCAAGCAGAGUAAGGGAUGA